CCUUUCUAAAAAAAUCUUUGGUCCUUUAAAAAGAUGAGUCAAGUCUCCAAAGACCUCAUUCUCCCCAAUUUCUAUCUCUCUCCAACUCGUAAAUUCUCUUACCAUAUAAAUACAAAGCCUACACAUUUACGCUCUUUAUACAUUUCUCUCCAGAGAGCAGAAACAGAGUCACCGGAAAACAAAAUCUCCGGCGACAUAAAACACACAAAAAGUUCAAUAUCUAAAUACUCUGGUGACUCUCUGCUCAAAUGGGUCAAUCUCAAGUUUCUCUCUUUCUUCUUCUAGUUCUCGCUUUAAUCUAUGGCGUUUCAUCUACCACUUUCACCAUCCUUAACCAGUGUAGCUACACCGUCUGGCCUGGUCUUCUCUCCGGCGCUGGAACCCCUCCUUUACCCACCACAGGAUUCUCCUUAAACCCGACUGAAACACGUGUCAUCCCAAUCCCCGCUGCUUGGUCCGGCCGUAUCUGGGGCCGUACUCUCUGCACACAAGACGCAACCACCGGGAAAUUCACUUGCGUCACCGGGGACUGUGGUUCUUCCGCCGUAGAAUGCUCCGGAUCUGGCGCUGCGCCUCCUGCAACACUCGCCGAGUUCACCCUAAACGGAGCCGGUGGUCUGGAUUUCUACGACGUGAGUCUCGUAGACGGUUACAACAUCCCCAUGACCAUUGUUCCUCAGGGGGGAGGAGAUGCCGGAGGAGUCGCUGGAAACUGCACGACCACCGGAUGCGUCGCAGAGCUCAACGGUCCGUGUCCUGCUCAGCUGAAAGUGGCUGCGACGGGAGCUGAAGGAGUAGCUUGCAAAAGCGCGUGCGAGGCGUUUAACACGCCGGAGUAUUGCUGCAGCGGGGCGUUUGGAACGCCGGACACGUGUAAGCCGAGUGAGUACUCGUUGUUUUUCAAAAACGCGUGUCCGAGAGCUUAUAGUUACGCAUACGACGACGGAACUAGCACUUUCACUUGUGCCGGAGCUGAUUACCUCAUCACUUUCUGUCCUUCUCCUAAUCCAAGUGUGAAGAGUGCAACAAAAGGACUCCAACCCGAAGCGGUAAGCUAUUCUGCUGCAUCUCAAAACGCGUCGCCAACUCUCUCUACCUUGUUUUCGAUUGGCGUUUUGACUUUGGCGUCUUGGGCGAUGCUACGCGUUUGGUGAUAACUCUCUUCCCUACCCCCGACGUUUUUUCCAAGUUUUUUAUUAAUAAGACAUCGUUCGUGAUUUUUUUUCUCAAUUAAGAGAAAUAAAUGACCAUCGAAGGAAAAAAUGGCAAGAAGAAAAGAUUUUAUUAGUUAGUCGAAGAGUGAUUUUAUUAGAGGUGAUGAUUUUUAGAAUCAUCUUAUUUUAGAUUGGUUAGCUAUUAUGUAGUGUUAGUCUUUAACAAAAAAAAAAAUUAUGUAGUGUUAGUGUCUAUGUAAUUUUUGUAGACAAGUGUUCUGUCUUUUUUAUGGUAUGUGUAUGUGAUAUAUAUAACAGUUUUGUUUGCGGAAUUAAUUGAUUGGUAAUGCA